AUGCGCAAUGUGCUUGCGGUCAUCAAAAAGGCUAGAGCUAACGUACUAUGUCCAUGGGUUUGGAAAACUAUAUCGUCACAAUGGCGUCUGGCCUUCUCCGGAUGCGAUAAAAAUUACCAUCCUCCAGGAUUGUCUCCGUACAUGAGCAACUCGCAAUUAGAUCUUCCGAGCCCAGCCUAUCUCGUCUAA